CGUCUCGCGGCUUGGCACCGCCUCCUGGGCCCCGGCCGGGCGCCGACGGCGUCCCAAACUUUGGGAGGAGAAAGGACCAGCGUGGGGCGGGAGGGAGUUCCCCGCGCGGGGAAAACCCAACGCUGCCAGAUUCCCAACUGCCUGGUACCCACACCCGGGUCACAGCACAAGCCACAGGCGAAGAUCUUCACUCCGGUCGUCCUGAACCCUCCGAAAAGCGUGCUCCUGGGAGCGCAGGGUUGGGGACUUCUAAACCAGUCUGGGUUCUUUGCUGGUCCCGCAGCUCCUUCCACCGUGAAAGGGAGUCCUCGAACUUCACAGCAGGAGACUGCUAGCUGCCCGGGCUUUGGAAAGCUGUGACUGGGACCCGCUGAGGUCCAGGAAUAGGGAGGAAGAAGCAAAUAUUGCAGUCACUUCUCCCGGACUAACAGGGGCAGAUUUGGUGUGGAAACUCAGUGUCUGUAUGAUGUGUCUGGGCGUGCUCAGCCCUUCCAGAGAGAGAUGGGGGAGACGGGAGCCAACAAUUUAGAAACUUUUUAAAGAGUUCUUCUGGUUUGGGGUCUUUGAACUGUGAGGAAAAAUCUGCAUGCUAGUGCUGCGCCUGACAUCUGCACGGUGGCCAGGACAGGGAGUUGCAAAGGAAGCAGAGACCCUGGCGGAUGUACUUCCUCAGAGGGACUUCCAGGGGGAUCGAAGCUAACUUAUAUAGGGUCAUGGGUUGAGCUGAGACUUGAAAGUCGGGGUGAAGCCAGCCCUGCCGGUCUGUCUUACCCUAGAAUGCUUAGUUUGUGAUUCUAAUGUCCUGGCACACCCCCCAAGGAUCUUCCUGGGCCUAGUGCAGUUCAGGGCACACAGCCUGAGGAUGACUGAUGGCAUCAGUAGGGAAUGCAUUUUGUACUUGCCUUGAGGGAAGCCCAGGGAGCCUCAGCUGAAUUGGCAUUGCUCUUCUUGGAGAGGAAAAGGCCUCUCACUGGCUGUGGGAAGCCCUGCCUGUUCUCUUCAGGGGAAGUGGCCCAAGUGGCAUGUCCCACUGUGCCUCGUGGUUACCUCUCCUUCCCCAGAACAAGAGGAAGGUUCCAUUUCAGCAUCUGGUUAAGUGGGGGUGGAAUAGAGUCGGGGGGUUGUGUGCUGUUUGGCAGACUCCAAGCUCUGCAGUGGACAUUGUAACUAGAUUCCACUCCUCCCAUGCCCUCGCCAUGGUGGCAGGGCCCACCAAGUGUCAGCGUCUGAUCCCAUGGGGCACAAGAGGAUAUAAGGAUCAAGAGUGGAUGCAUAAGCUCCUGCUGCUCCUGGUCCCCAGCCAGUGUGGAGGGAGGAGCUCCUCUGUCAGUCUCCAGCAUUGGCCUGGAUGAGGUGUCCCCCACCCGAAGAGGACAAGUUGGGUCCCAAGCCAUGCCCCUGAGCUGAGUGCCUGCAGCCAGCCAGGAGCCCCAUGGCGCCUCCUCUUCCCAAGGAGAAAGGACUCACUUUGCCUCAGGAAUGCCAGGACUUUGUACACAGCCUGAAGAUUCGGGGCAAAUACGCCUUGUUCCUGGCAUUUGUGGUCAUAGCUUUUGUCUUCAUUGAAAAGGAAAAUAAAAUCAUAUCCAGGGUAUCGGACAAGCUGAAGCAGAUCCCUCAAUCUGUGGCAGAUGUUAACAGCACCGACCCGGCCUUGCUCUUACCGGAAAACGCUUCUCUCUUAUCCCUGAGCGAGCUGGAUUCCACCUUCUCUCAACUGCAGAGCCGCCUGCGCAACCUGAGUCUGCAGCUGGGCAUGGAGCCAGCCCUGCAGGCUCAGUGGGGUGCAGCAGGGAAGCCAUCCCAGCAGGCUAGAGCGGGGAACCGGCGCCACGUGCUCCUCAUGGCCACCACCCGGACCGGCUCCUCCUUCGUGGGCGAGUUCUUCAACCAGCAGGGCAAUGUCUUCUACCUCUUCGAGCCGCUGUGGCACAUCGAGCGCACCGUGUUCUUCCAGCAGGGGGGCGCCAGCGCAGCGGGCUCAGCGCUGGUCUACAGGGACGUCCUCAAGCAGCUGCUGCUGUGCGACCUGUAUGUGCUGGAGCCCUUCAUCAGCCCUGCGCCGGAGGACCACCUGACGCAGUUCCUAUUCCGCAGGGGAUCCAGUCGCUCCCUCUGCGAGGAGCCAGUGUGCACUCCCUCCGUCAAGAAGGUCUUUGAAAAGUACCACUGCAGGAACCGUCGCUGUGGGCCCCUCAACGUGACCUUGGCAGCCGAGGCCUGCCGCCGCAAGGACCACGUAGCCCUCAAGGCCGUGCGCGUCCGUCAGCUGGAGUCCCUGCAGCCGCUGGCCGAGGACCCCAGGCUGGAUCUACGAGUCAUCCAGCUGGUGCGCGAUCCCCGGGCCGUGCUGGCCUCACGCAUGGUGGCCUUCGCGACCAAGUAUGAGAGCUGGAAGAAGUGGCUGACAGAGGGGCAGGGCGGGCUGAGCGAGGACGAGGUGCAGCGCCUGCGCGGCAACUGCGAGAGCAUCCGCCUGUCUGCGGAGCUGGGCCUGCGGCAGCCCGCCUGGCUGCGCGGCCGCUACCUGCUGGUGCGCUACGAGGACGUGGCUCGCAGACCGCUGCAGAAGGCCCGGGAAAUGUACGGCUUUGCGGGCAUCCCCUUGACCCCUCAAGUGGAGGACUGGAUCCAGAAGAACACGCAAGCGUCCCGAGACAGCAGCGACGUCUACUCCACGCGGAAGAACUCCUCGGAGCAGUUCGAGAAGUGGCGCUUCAGCAUGCCCUUCAAGCUGGCCCAGGUGGUGCAAGCUGCCUGCGGCCCGGCCAUGCGUCUCUUUGGCUACAAGCUGGCAAGGGAUGCCGCCUCACUCACCAACCGUUCUGUCAGCCUGCUGGAGGAGCGGGGCAUCUUUUGGGUUACGUAGUGGGGGAUGUCUGGAACCCUGGGAACCCCUUUUCGUGAAAGGCUGUCCCUGCUUUCCUCACACCCAGCCUGUCCCGUGAGACAGCUCUGGCAGUCAAAAUGGGGAGCUAUGACGGGAGCGUAGCCCCUGGAUGUAGCAGCGGGCCUCCUGCCAGCUAGUUCCCUCCCUCCUCCCAUCCCCCGGCAACUCCAGCUAAGGCCUUGGGACUCCUCAGAGGAGAGCAGUGCCCUGUCUCCUUGGAGGUACUGGUCAUUCCCACACACCUUAUGGCCUGCGGUGUCCAGAGCAAGCCCAAGUCAGUUCCUAUGUAUGAUUACACCUCCCUAAGUCCAAAUAUUUAACAAGCAGAAGGGGCGUGGACCCUCUCCAGUCACUCAGACCUCCUCCUGGGUCAGGGAAGCCUGGGAUCUGGCUGAGUCCUUGGAAGGAGAAGGGCAGCCUAGGGUAAGAAAGAGGGCAUUUGAAGCUCCUCAGGGAACAACAGGCAGCUCAAGGAAGGACUGGCCCUUAGCUCUACAUAGGCAUAAGUCUCCCUAGUGCUCUUGGAGAGUGUGGCCCUGUUUCAUCUGGGGACUGCCAGCAGGAAGAUGAAGGCCACCAUGGGAAGAAUGAGAAAAUAAAGACAGCUAUUGAGCAAAAUGACAUCACCAUGAUAGGAGAGAGGGGGAAGGGCAUGCAGGAAACAUCCUACGCAGGGGACCAUCCAAGAGAGACAACUGGCAAGCACAAUAAAUCCACCAUGAUCAUGCACCAGUGCAAGUAGACAGUAGGACAAUAGGAAAGACACAGAAUUGUGUGUGCAACGAGCAUGCAUUUGUGCAUGAAUUCUUUCUUGCAUGCACCUGUGUGUGUGCCUGUGCCUCUGUAUGUUAAAUAGGGUUUCAUUUAGCCCAGCCUUUGUAGGAAGGUGUGAACUUGACCUUGACUUCCCGAUCUUCCUGCUUCUACUUUCCCUGUGUUGGCCUCAUACCAUACCUUCCUCAUGUGGUACCAGCGAUUGAUCACAGAGUUUCAUGCGUACUAGACAACCCUCUAUGAAUCUCCUGAACUACAUAUUCAGCUCAUGGGACCCAGAAUUUCAAUAAGAAUCUGGGGGCAACACAACUCAGUCCCUAAUAGUUACAUAAGCUCAUGUGUACCCAGUAUCCAGACUACUGUGAACUCAAGUCAUCUGACGAAUAUGACUGUCUUCCCAAGGUGAUGUGACCUCAUCCUAUGUAAAGAGAUGCCUCUAUGACUGUCCUUCAUCAAGCAACUUUGCAGAGUCCCAGUGUCCUGCUUUUCCAGGCUUUGGCUGAGUGGUGGGCCAAAGGGCUGGUCUCUGCUCAACUCCCUGGACCAUUGUGCCUGAUGUUCUAUGUUUCUCUGGAGGGACUACCCUGACCCUUGGGUUCUGAAAGCAAAAGUUUCCUUCCCUUUCAGUUGACACUCAGGACAGUAGAACAGUAGGAUAGCCACACAGAAUUGUGUGUGCAUUUCUGCAUGCAUUCAUUAAUGCAUGCAUAUGUGCAUGUGUGGGUGUGUUUUAGACAAGAUCUCAUUUAGCCCAGCCAUAAAAUUUGCUUUGUAGGCAGGUAUGACAUUGACCUUGACUUCUUGAUCUUUGUGCCUAUAUUUCCCCUGUGUUAGUUUCAUACCAUACAUUCUUUAUGUGGUACCAGGGAUUGAACACAGAGCUUCAUGCUUCCUAGACAACCCUCUAUCUAUCUUCGGGACUACAACCUCAGCUGCUGGGACCCUGAAUGUCAGUAUGAAUCUGGGGGCAACACAGCUCAGUCUCUAACACUUACUUAAGGUUAUGUGUAGCCAGUAUCCAUAAUAAUGCAAACUCAAGUCAUCUGAUGAAUGUAUGUACAAGGUGAUGUGACCUCAUACUAUGUUAAGAGAUGAUUCUGUGACUGCCCGUCAUCAAUCAGCUUUAUGGAGUGUCCUACUUUUCCAAGUUCUGGAUGAAUACUGGGUGUGAGUGCCAGACCAUUGUUCUUGAUGCUCUAAUUUUCUCUACAGAGCCGCCCCUGACCCUUGGGUUCUGAAAAGAAAAGUUUCCUUCCCUUUCAUAUGAAACUUGAGAUGGUAGAACAGUAAGAUAGACACACAGAAUAGUGUGUGCAAGGAGCAUGCAUUUCUGCAUGAAUUCAUUUGUGCAUGAACAUGUGCAUGUGUGUGUACAUGUAAAAUUGCUUUGUAGGCAGACCUAGACCAUGACUUCCUGAUCGUCCUGCCUCCACCUCCCUGGCAUUGGGAUUAUACCAUACUUCUUUAUGUGGUUCCAGGGGUUGAAUACAGAGCUUCAUGCUUCCUAGACAACCCUUUAUCUAUCUCCUGAAAUACAGAUGGUCCUCAGCUCCUGAGAACCCAGAAUUUCAAUGUGAAUCUGGUGGCAACACAACUCAGCCCCUAACCCUUACUUAAGCUCCUGUGUAGCAAGUAUCCAGAAUAAUAUGAACUCAAGUCAUCUGAAAAAUGUGACUGUCAUCCCAAGGUGAUGUGACAUCUUCCUAUGUUAAGAGAUGCUUCUAUAAUUGCCUUUCAUCAAUCAUCUUUAUGGAGUACUGGCAUCCCUAUGUCCUGCUUUUCCAAGAUUUGGCUGGGUAUUGGGUCCAAGAGCUUGUCUCUGCUCUCAUCUCCCCAGGACCCUUGUGCCUAAUGCUCAAGUUUCUCUCCAUUGUCUCCCCUGACUGUUGUGUUCUGAAAACAAAAGAGUCAAAGAGUCCUUGCCUUGCAGAUGACACUGAGGACAGUAGAAGAGUAGGAGAGACAUACAGAGUUGUGUGUGCAGGAAGCUUGCAUUUGUGCAUGCAUUCAUUCAUGCAUUCAUGUGUAUGUGUUUGUGUUUUAGAAGGGUCUCAUUUAGCUCAGUUUAAAGUUUGCUUUGUAGGCAAGUAUGACAUUGACCUUGACUUCCUGAUGUCCUGCUCCUACCUUCCCUGCGUUGGGCUCAUACCAUACCUUCUUUAUGUGGUACCAGGGAUUGAACACAGAACUCUGUGCCUCCUAGACAACCCUCUCUCUGUCUCCAGGACUACAUUCUCAGCUCCUGGGACCCAGAAUUUCAAUAUGAAUCUAGGGGCAACACAACUCAGUGCCUAGCAUUUACUUAAACUUCUGUAUAGCCAGUAUCCAGACUACUAUGAACUUAAGUCAUCUGACAAAUGUGAUUGUCUUCCCAAGGUGAUGUGACCUAGUCCUAUGUAAAGAGAUUCCUCUAUGACUGCCCAUCAUCAAUCAGCUUUACAGAGAACUGCUUUACAUAUGUCGUGGUUUCCCAAGCUUUGGGUGAUUACUGUGCCUCUGUGCUUGUUUCUGCUCUUAGGUUCACAGACCAUUGUGCCUGAUGCUCUAAGUUUCCCUCCAGUGGAGAGAGCAGUGUUUCAGAGCUAAGUAGAGAGGAGCACAGAGCAAGGUAUCUGAGCUAAGCAGAGAAGAGCACAGAGCUGUGUUUCUGAUCUAAGUAGAUGUGAGCACAGAGCAGUGUUACAGAGCUUCAUAGAGAAUAGCACAGAAUAGUGUUUCUGAGAUAAGUAGAAAAAAGUACAGAGCAGUGUUUCCUAGCUAAGUAUAGAAGAACACAGCACUCUUUCUGAACUAAGUAGAGAAGAACACAGAACAGCAUUUCUGAGCUAAGUAUAGAAAAGCACAGAACAAUGUUACUGAGGAAAAUGGAGAACACAGAGCAGUGUUACCAAACUAAAUAGAGAAGAAUACAGAGCAGUGUUUCUGAUCUAAGUAGACAAGAUCACAGAGCAGUGUUUCUGAGCUAAGUAGAAAAGAGCACAGAGUAGUAUAUCCAAGCUAAAUAGAGAAGAGCACAGACCUGUGUUACCGACCUACAUAGAGCAGAGCACAGAGCAAUGUUUCCAGGCUAAGUAGAGAAGAGCACAGAGCAGUGUUUCAGAGCUAAGAAGAGAGCACCACAGAAUAGUGUUACUGACCUAAGUAGAGAAAAGCACAGCAAGCUUUGGCUGAGUACUGAGCCUUAGUGCUUGCUUCUGCUCUCAUCUCCCUGUACCAUUGUGCCUGAUGCUCUAAGUUUCUCUCCAGAGCCUCCCCUGACCCUUGGGUUCUUAAAAAAAAAGGUUCCUCUCUUUUCAGUUGACACUUGGGUCAGUGGAACAGUAAGAUAGACACACAGAUUCAUGUUGCAAGGAGCAUGCAUUUGUGCAUGAAUAUAUUUAUUCAUGAAUGUGUGUGUGUGUGUGUGUGUGUGUCUGUGUCUGUGUGUCUGUGUUUUCGACAGGAUCUCAUAUAGCCCAGCCUUAAAAUUUGCUUUGUUGGCAGACCUACAUCAUUACUUCCUGAUGGCCAUGCCUAUACCUUCCCAGUGUUGAGCUCAUACCUUACCCUUUUUCUCUGGUAUCAGUGAUUGAACACAGAGCUUCAUGCUUCCUAGACAACCCUCUCUCUGUCUCCUGGACUACAUCCUAAGCUUAUGGGACCCUGAAUUUCAAUAUGAAUCUAGUGGCAACACAACGCAGUCCCAAUUUUAAACUCCUGUGUAGCCAGUAUCCAGAAUAAUGUGUACUCAAGUCAUCUGAAUAAUGUGACUAUCUGCCUAAGCUAUGUCAAACUUUAACCUAUGUCAAAAGAUAUCUCUAUGACUGCCCUUCAUCGAUUAGACUUGUGGAGUUUUGCCAUCACUGUGUCCUGCUUUUCCAAGCUUUGUUUGAAUAUGGAGCCCUAGUGGUUGUCUCUGUUCCCAGCUCACUGGAUCAUUGUUCCUGAUAUUCUAUGUUUCUCUCCAGUGCCUCCCGUGACCCUUGGAUUCUGAAAACAAAAGGUUCCUUCCCUUUCAGUUGACACUCAGGACAGUAGUCCAGUAGGAUUGACACACGGAAUAGUGUUGCAAGGAACAUGCAUUUGUGCAUGCAUUCAUUUGUGCAUUCACGUGUCUGUGUGUUUUAGAUAGGGUCUCAUUUAUCCCAGCUUAAAGUUUGCUUUGUAAUCAAGUAUGAUUGACCUUGACUUCCUACUCUUACUGCCUCUACCUUCUCAGUGUUGGGCUCAUGCCAUACCUUCUUUAUGUGGUACCAGGGAUUGAACCCAGAGCUUCAUGCUUCCUAGACAACCCUUUCUCUGUCUCCUGAACUACAUCUUCAGCUCCUGGAGCCCAGAAUUUUAAUAUGAAUCUUGGGCAACAUUAUUUUGUUCCUAACUUAAGGUCCUGUGUAGCCAGUAUCCAAACUACUGUGAACUUAAAUCAUCUGACCAAUGUGACUCUCUUCCAAGAUGAGGUGACUUUAUCCUAUGUAAAGUGAUGCCUCUAUGAGUGCUCAUCAUCAAUCAGCUUUAUGGAGAACUGCCUUCCCACUGUCCUGAUUUCCCAAGCUUUUGCUGAUUACUAUGCCUGCAUGCUUGUCUCUGCUCCCAGGUCCACAGACCAUUUUGCCUGAUGCUCUAAGUUUCCCUCCAGUGUACAGAGUUGUGUUUCCUGAGCUAUGUAAAGAAGACCAGAGAGCAGUGUUCCUGAGCUACUUGGAGAACACAGAACAAUGUUUCCGAGCUAAAUACAGAAGAGCACAGAACAGUGUUACCAGCUAAAUAGAGAGGAACAUAGGAAGUUUGGCUGACUAUUGGACCUGAGUGCUUGUCUCAGCUUCUAGGACCAUUGUUCCUGAUGCUCUAAGUUUCCCUCCAGUGCACAGAGUUUGGCUGACUACUGGACCUGAGUGCUUGUCUCAGCUACUAGGACCAUUGUUCCUGAUGCUCUUAAGUUUCCCUCCAGUGCACAGAGUAUUGUUUCCCAAGCUAUUUAGAGAAGAGUGCAGAGCAGUGUUUCUGAGCUAAGUAUCAAAGAAAAGAGAGCAGGUUACCAAGCUAAAUAGAGAACAGCACAGAGCAAUGUUACAGAGCUAAGUAGAGAGAAACACAGAGCAGUGUUUCUGACAGAGUAGUGUUUCUGGCUAAGUAGAGAAGAACACAGAGGAAUGUCUCCAAUUUAAGUAGAGAAGAGCAUAGAGCACUGUUACUGAUCUACGUGGAGAAAAGCACAGAGCAGUGUUACUGAGCUAAGUAGACAGUAUCACAGAGCAGUGUUACCGAGCUAGGUAGAGAAAAGCACAGCAAGCUUUGGCUGAGUACUUGGCUUUAGUGCUUGCUUCUGCUCUCAUCAUGCUGUUCCAUUGUGCCCGAUGCUCUAAGUUUCUCUCCAGAACCUCCUCUGACCCUUGGGUUCUUAAAAGAAAAGGUUCCUUCCCUUUCAAUUGACACUCAGGACAGUGGGACAGUAAGAUAGACACACAGAUUCAUGUUUCAAGGAGCCUGCAUUUUUUACAUGAAUGCAUUCAUGAACAUAUGUGUGUCCGUGCCUGUAUGUGUGAGUGUGUGUGUGUGUUUUAGACAGGAUCUCAUGUAACCCAGCUAUGUAGGGUUACAUUAAAUUUGCUAUGUAGGCAGGUAUGACCUUGACUUGCCUCUCAUCAUCCUGCCUCUACCUUCCCAACAUUGGGUUCAUACGUUUUUUUAUGUGGUACCAGGGACUGAACAGUGCUUCAUGCUUCCUAGUAAUCCUCUCUGUCUCCUGAACUGCUUCAUCAGCUCCUGGGACCGUGAAUUUCAACAUGAAUGUGAUGGCAUCACAACUCAGUACCAAACUUAACCUCCUGUGUAGCCAGUAUCCAGAAUAAUGUGAGCUCAAGUCAUCUGAAUAAUGUGACUGUCUGCCCAAGCUCAUGUAACCUCAACUUCUGUCAAAAGAUGUCUCUCUGACUGCCCUUCAUCACUCAGCUUUGUGGUUUUGUCAUCCAUGUGUCCUGCUUUUCCAAGCUUUAGCUGAAUAUGGAAAGUUAGUGGUUGUCUCUGCUCUUAGUUCGCUGGGCCAUUGUUCCUGAUGCUCUAUGUUUCUCUCCCUUUGGUUUCUGACCCUUUGGUUUUGAAAAUGAAAGGUUCCUUGCCUUGCAGUUGACAGGCAGGACAGUAGUCUGGUAGGAUAGGCACACAGAUUAGUUUGCAAGGAAAAGUGCAUUUGUGUAUGCAUUCAUUUGUACAUGCACAUGUGAGCAUGUGUGUGUUUGUUUUACACAAAAAUCUCAUUUAUCCCAGCCUUAAUAUCUGCUUUGUAGGCAGGUAUGACCUUAUCUGUGACAUCUUGUUCUUCCUGCCUUUACCGCCCCUGCACUGGGCUCAUAAAAAACUUUCUUUAUGUGGUACCAGGGAUUGAAUUCAUAACUUCAUGCUUCCUUGACAACCCUCUAUCUAUCUCCUGAGCUAUAUCCUCUGCUCCUAGGACCCAGAAUUUCAAUAUGAAUUGGGGGGCAACACAACCCAUCCCCUACCUUAAGCUUUUGUGUAGCCAGUAUCCAGAAUAAUGGGAACUCAUAUCAUCUGACAAAUGUAUGCCCAAGGUGAUGUGACCUCAUACUAUGUUAAGAGAUAGAUUCUAUGACUGCCCAUCAUCAAUCAGCUUUGUUGAGUUCUACAGUCCCUCUGUCUUGCAUUUCCAAGCUUUGGAUGAAUACUGGGACUGAGUGCUUAUCUGUGCCCUCAUCUUUCUGGACCAUUGUUCCUGAUACUCUAUUUUCUCUACAAGGCCUCCCCUGACCCUUGGGUUCUGAAAAUAAACAUUUCCUUCCCUUUUAUAUGACACUUGGAAGAGAAGGACAGUAGGAUAGACACACAGAGUAGUGUGUGCAAGGAAUAUCAAUUUCUGCAUGAGUUCAUUUGUGCAUGUACCUGUGUGUGUGUGUGUGUGUGUGUGUGUGUGUUUUAGACAGGAUCUCAUGUAGCGCAGCUUUAAAAUUUGCUUUGUAGGCAGACCUAGACCAUGAUGUCCUGAUUAUUCUGCCUCUACUUUCCCAGCAUUGGACUCAUACCAUACCUUCUUUAUGUGGUACCAGGGAUUGAACACAGAGCUUCAUGCUUCCUAGAUAACCCUCUAUCCUCUCCUGAAAUACAUCCUAAGCUCCUGGGACCCAGAAUUUCAAUAUGAGUCUGGGGGCAACACAACUCAGUGCCUAGCAUUUACUUAAGCUCCUAUGUAGUCAGUAUCCAUAAUAAUGAUGUGAACCCAGGUCAUCUGACUAAUGUGACUGUCUGCCCAAGGUGAUGUGACAUCUUCCUAUGUUAAGAGAUUCCUAUAUGAUUGCCCAUCUUCAAUCAGCUUUAUGGAGUACUGCCAUCCCUGUGUCCUGCUACUCCAAGGUUUGGCUGAACACUGGUCCCGAGUGCUUGUCUCUAGCCUUCAUUCUCAGGGCCAUUGUGCCUAUUGCUCUAACUUUCUCUCCAGUGUACAGAGUAGUAUUUCAGAGCUAAGUAGAGACUAGCAUAGAACAGUGUUCUUAGGGCAGUGCACGAGAGCACAGAGCAGCAUUUCUGAACUGAGAGUAAGAGAGCACAGGGCAGUGUUUCUGAGCAAAGUGCACAAGAGUACAGGGCAUUUUUUCCCAGCUGAGUGGAGAAGAGCACAGAGGAGCAUUUGUGCUCAGAGUGCACAAGAACAGAGAGGAACAUUUCUGAGCAGAAUGCACAAGAGCACAGAGAAAUGUUUCUGAGCCAAGUGCACCAGAGAACAGAGCAGUGUUUCCAAGCUGAGUGCACAAGAGCACAGAGCAUUCUUUCUCAGCUGAGGGCAGAAGAGCCCAGAACAGUGUUUCAAACCUGAGUGAAGAAGAGCACAGAGCAGUGUUUCCAAGAUAAGUAUAGAAGAGCACAGAGGAGAGUUAGCUAGCUAUGUAGACAGUAGCACAGAGCAAUGUUAUGAGCUAGAUAGAGAAGAGCACCGAGUAAUGUUUCCGAUCUAAGUAGAGAAGAUCACAAAUAAGUGUUUCCAGGCUAACUAUAGAACAGCACAGAGCAGUGUUUCCAUACUAAGUAGAGAGGAGCACAGAGCAGUGUUGCCGUGCUAAGUAGAAAAAAAGCAUAGCAAGCUCUGGCUUAUUACUAGGUCUGAGUGCUAGUCUGUUCUCUCAGCUCCCAUGACCAUUGUGCCUGCUGCUCUAAGUUUCUCUCCAUGUAGUCGAUUGCCCCUUGGGUUCUGAGAAAAAUGUUUCUUUCCCUUACAGAUGACAGUUGAGAGUAGGACAGUAGUAUAGACACACAAAAUAGUGUUGCAAGGAGUGUGUAUUUGUGCAAGAAUUUGUUCGUGAAAAAUGAGUGAGGGUUUUUCCUGUGUGUGUGUGUGUGUGUGAUGUCUGUGUUUUAAACACAGUCUCAUGUAGCCCAGCCUUAAAAAAUUGCUUUGUAGGCAGACCUAGACCAUGACUUCCUGAUCGUCCUGCCUCUACCUCCCUGGCAUUGGGAUUAUACCAUACUUCUUUAUGUGGUACCAGGGAUUGAAUACAGAGCUUCAUGCUUCCUAGACAACCCUUUAUCUAUCUCCUGAAAUACACCCUCAACUCCUGAGACCCAGAAUUUCAAUGUGAAUCUGGUGGCAACACAACUCAGCCCCUAACCCUUACUUAAGCUCCUGUGUAGCAAGUAUCCAGAAUAAUAUGAACUCAAGUCAUCUGAAAAAUGUGACUGUCAUCCCAAGGUGAUGUGACAUCUUCCUAUGUUAAGAGAUGCUUCUAUAAUUGCCUUUCAUCAAUCAUCUUUAUGGAGUACUGGCAUCCCUAUGUCCUGCUUUUCCAAGAUUUGGCUGGGUAUUGGGUCCAAGAGCUUGUCUCUGCUCUCAUCUCCCCAGGACCCUUGAGCCUAAUGCUCAAGUUUCUCUCCAUUGUCUCCCCUGACUGUUGUGUUCUGAAAACAAAAGUCCUUGCCUUGCAGAUGACACUGAGGACAGUAGAAGAGUAGGAGAGACAUACAGAGUUGUGUGUGCAGGAAGUUUGCAUUUGUGCAUGCAUUCAUUCAUGCAUUCAUGUGUGUGUGUUUGUGUUUUAGAAGGGUCUCAUUUAGCUCAGUUUAAAGUUUGCUUUGUAGGCAAGUAUGACAUUGACCUUGACUUCCUGAUGUCCUGCUCCUACCUUCCCUGCGUUGGGCUCAUACCAUACCUUCUUUAUGUGGUACCAGAGAUUGAACACAGAACUCUGUGCCUCCUAGACAACCCUCUCUCUGUCUCCAGGACUACAUUCUCAGCUCCUGGGACCCAGAAUUUCAAUAUGAAUCUAGGGGCAACACAACUCAGUGCCUAGCAUUUACUUAAGCUUCUGUGUAUCCAGUAUCCAUAAUAAUGUGAACCCAUGUAUUCUGACAAAUGUGACUGUCUGCCUAAGGUGAUGUGACAUCUUUCUAUGUUAAGAGAUUCCUGUAUGAUUGCCCAUCAUUAAUCAGCUUUACAGUACUGCCAUCCCUGUGUCCUGCUAUUCUAAGGAUUGGCUGAACAUUGGUCGUGAGUGCUUCUUUCUAGUCUCCAUUCUCAGAACCAUUGUGCCUGAUGCUAUAAGUUACUCUCAGAAGCACAGAGCAGUGUUUUUGAGGUAAGUAGAGAGGAGCACAGAGCGGUGUUUCUGUGGUCAUUGCAUGAGAGCAUAGAGCAGCAUUCUGAACUGAGUGCAGAAGAGCACAGAACAGCAUUUCCCAGCUGAGUGCACAUGAGCACAGAACAAUGUUUCAGGGUUGAGUGCACAAGAGCACAGAGCAACGUUUCCGAGCUGAGUGCAUGAGAACGCAUAUCAGUGUUUCCCAGCUAAUUAUAGAAUAGCACAGAGCAGUGUUAGCUAGCUAUGUAAACAGUAGCAUAGAGCAGUGUUAAAGAGCUAAGUAGAGAAGAGCACAGAGCAAUAUUUCCGAGCUAAGUAGAGAAGAAGACAGAACAAUUAUUCUGAUCUAAAUAGAGAAGAUCACAAAUAAAUGUUUCUGAGCUUAGUAGAGAGUAGUACAAAGCAGUGUUACCAAGCCAAUUGGAGAAGAGAACAGAGCAGUGUUUCUGAGCUAACUAUAGAACUGCCUGGAGCUUGUUUCCAUGCUAAUUAGAGAGGAGUACGGAGCAAUGUUACCAAGCUAAGUAGAAAAAAGCACAAUAAGCUUUGGCUGA